GCCACGGUAGCAGGAUGCGGAGCGCCGAGUGGAAUGGCACACCGAGGAAAGGAAAUUUAUGCAAACUCAUAACGAUCGUCGCUGCGCUGGCAAUGACCGUCCUUGCCCGAGGAGCUUCCUCCCAAGAGGUGACAUGUUCGCAUAGUGACGAGUUCUUCUACUCGCUGCCUGGAUCUCGCUGUGGUGUCUAUUACCGCUGCUACCAGAACCAACCGAUCUACUUCAGCUGCAUCGAUGGCGCAAUGUUUGACUUUUACCAGCAAAGAUGUGUCCGCACGAAAGGAACAUGCUUCGAAGCGGUCUGCAUUGGUAAAACGAACGGAAUGUACGCAGACACAUCCCAAGGCUGUCACCGAUCCUAUCACUGCCGUGGUGGAAAGCUUACGACCAUCGACAACUGUCCCCAGGGCAUGCUGUUUGAUAGGACCGGUUGUACCCCGGAAGAGAACGUUGCCUGCGAAAGUCCAGAAUCAACGGCAGCAAGCAUCCGGUACGAAGCGGAUCCACGCUGCUACGGACUCCCCAACGGGAACCACGUGCUUCCCGGCGAUGGAAUGGAUUGCAAAAAGUUUCUGCUCUGUCACAACGAUCAGGUGUUGGAUGUGCUGGAAUGUCCAUCCGGAUAUCGAUUCGACGAGCGUAGCAAACGCUGCAGGCUCACUAAUCAACGUGCCAGCUGCCGGGCAUCGUACCAGGACUGGAAAAUGGCGGACGAUAAUGGUUGUAGCAUGCUACCGGAUGGGUUUCAUCUCGCAGUAACGUCACACGAUUGUCGAUCGUACGUUAAAUGUCAGUCUCGUCGGCUAGCUAGCCGGCACGAGUGCCCUCCAAUGACGGUAUUCAACGGUCAGCAGUGUGUUCCAACGUUUCUCUACCAUUGCCCACGGUUGGAUGGGCCGGGAGAUAUCUGUCAGCAUCGGGAAGAUGGAUAUCUGGUUGAUCCUCGCAAGGGCUGUGGGUAUUACGUGAGCUGCCAGGGACAACGUACUGUGGAGCAUCAUUCCUGCCCGAAUGGGUUCCAUUACGAUGCGCUAGAGAACGUGUGCCGUGAAGCGGUACAGGACACCACAUGCCAUCAGCUCCCGUACUCAGCCGAUUGUGUGCAGCGAUCGUCCGGAUUCUAUCAAGACUUUACCGCCAUGGACGAUGCAUCGUUAAGUCCGUGCCGUGCGUACUUUCACUGCCACAAUGGCAUUAAGACGAGCUUCCACUGUGGGCGCGGGUACAUAUUCGAUGGUGAAAACUGUGUCCCACAGGACAGCUACCAGUGCCCGGUGGAAGAUGUCAACUCGUGCCAGGGAAAACCGAACGGUUAUUACAAGGAUGCACGGGCUGGCUGCCGGGCGUACCAUCUCUGUACGCAUGGCAACAAAAUAUCGUACCUCUGCGAACCGGGACAAAUCUUUCUCGGUGGGAAAUGUAUCGACGGGGUACACAGUACCCACCAGUCGCAUUGUGAGAUGGACACGCCUUGCUCGGAACGGCCGGACGGGUACUACCAGGAUCGGGAUACCCAAUGCCGCCAGUAUUACUUCUGUCAGGGAGGUGAAAAGCUUCAAACACUUACCUGCCGAGGAAGCAAAAUCUUCGAUGGGCGUACGUGUGUUUCGCCGGAUAGUUACACCUGUCCGACAGGGGUAGAUGAUGUGGAUGCAGCUGCCAGUGAAAACUGCAUCGUGCGCCACUGUGAACCGGCCUGCACGAAGGGUGGAUUCUUUGCCGACUAUGACAGCGGGUGUGAGCAGUACCAUUUCUGCAUCGAUGGCAAACAGAGCACCCUGUCCUGCUCGGCCAAUUAUGUUUUCAACGGAGAGCUGUGCGUCCCGAAGGCAUCGUACUACUGUCCACGAUACUGUACGCCACCUGAGUCGUGCUAG